UUGUCUCACUCUAAACUUUGAAGUAUCUGUAAGGCCCCACCGUGCCCUUUAGGCGCCAACCAUUGCCGGCCUUCUCUGAUUAUAAACUUGUCUCUCUUGGCCUCCAUUUUUGAGCUCUCUCACCAUCUUCCAAGCUUCCCUACUUUGUAACCUUGCUUCACAAGAAAGUUAUGGCGGACCCUGGAAAGAUGGAAGAAGGGCUAGCUCAUGAAGAAAAUAUGGAGAAAAAGGGAGAUAAGCUGGUUGAACAACAACAACAGUUGCAGGAGCAGCAACAGCCAUUGGUAAAGCAAAAGACCAAGAGGGUAGCAACCUUGGAUGCUUUUAGAGGACUCACCAUUGUGUUGAUGAUAUUGGUAGAUGAUGCUGGGGGAUCAUAUGCCAGGAUUGAUCACUCACCAUGGAAUGGAUGCACACUGGCUGACUUUGUGAUGCCAUUUUUUCUGUUCAUUGUGGGGGUGGCCAUUGCAUUAGCUCUCAAGAAAAUUCCCAAGAUUAAGGAUGCAAUUAAGAAGAUAUGCUUGAGAACUCUAAAGCUUCUAUUUUGGGGAGUUUUAUUGCAAGGUGGAUAUUCCCAUGCGCCAAAUGAUCUUGUUUAUGGAGUAGACAUGAAAUUAAUACGAUGGUGUGGAAUCCUCCAGAGAAUAGCUUUGGUUUACUUCAUUGUGGCCGUGAUCGAGACUCUCACCACCAAGCGCAGACCAACAGUUUUGGAACCUGGCUACUCAUCCAUUUUCACUGCUUACCGCUGGCAAUGGCUUGGAGGAUUCGUUGCAUUUGUCAUUUACAUGACCACAACAUAUUCACUAUACGUCCCAGAUUGGAGUUUCGUUGUGUCCACAGACAGUGAAACAACACAAUACACGGUCAAAUGUGGGAUGAGAGGACACUUAGGACCCGCUUGCAACGCUGUCGGUUAUGUUGAUCGAGAGGUUUGGGGCAUUAAUCAUCUUUACAUUUAUCCAGUCUGGCAACGCCUAAAGGCUUGCACUCAUAGUUCUCCGAGUUCUGGUCAAAUCCGUGAAGAUGCACCGAGCUGGUGCCGAGCUCCAUUCGAACCAGAAGGCUUGCUAAGUUCGAUUUUGGCUAUCCUCUCCGGCACCAUCGGAAUCCAUUACGGACAUGUUUUAAUUCAUUUCAAGGGUCACUCAGAGAGGCUCAAGCAAUGGGUUUCAAUGGCAUUAGGCUUACUUAUUGUAGCCAUCAUUCUUCAUUUUACAGAUGCCAUUCCCAUCAACAAACAGCUUUACAGUUUCAGCUACGUGUGUUUCACUGCUGGUGCAGCCGGGAUUGUAUUCUCAGCAUUCUACAUCCUGAUUGAUGUUUGGGGAUGGAGGACACCAUUCUUGCUCCUGGAAUGGAUAGGCAUGAAUGCAAUGCUGAUAUAUGUGCUUGGGGCACAAGGCAUCCUUCCAGCAUUUGUAAAUGGAUGGUAUUAUAAGUCAACAAACAAUACACUUGUUUUUUGGAUCCAAAAACAUGUUUUCAACAAUGUUUGGAAGUCAGAGCGGUUAGGGACCCUUUUAUAUGUGAUAUUUACGGAAAUCACUUUCUACGGAGUUCUUUCGGGCAUCUUACACAAAUUGGGCAUAUAUUGGAAGCUAUAAGAAGUACAGAUUAUAGAAAGGACUACAUUAAUAUAUGUAAUUUUCACAUUGUACACUAGAUUUUAAGCCUCUCUCUGCUUGUUAAGAUUCACUCCGUUUGCAAAAUAGUGAUUUCAGUUUUUAUUUUGGUUGGUGCUUCCAUUUCUGUAGCUAAAAGCAGUUAUAUCAACAUCAAAAUCUGUAUAACAUGAAAAUGAUUGAAAUAGAGAUGUUAAAGAUCACA